AUGGCUACCAUAACAAGCAAAGAAUGUGCUGUGCACUUCGUUGGGAGCAAAUAUGAACAAUUAAAAAGCUUUAGCAGUAAAACAUUUGAAAAGCUUAUUACCUUAAGAAAAAGAUGGACAAAUUUGAGUAAUAAUGUUGGCGAUGUGUGUCGAAACUCGCACAAAAUAAUAUCCGAAAAUUAUGAAAAUCAGUUUACUCAAAUCUCGAAUGAAGGCGAGAAAGAAAGUUUUGCCAAUGGCUAUUAUUUCCAUUUGGAAUGUUAUCGUAAAGUGGCGAACGUAUCAAAGUUGGAGAAGUCUGAAUGGAAUCCCAAGAACGAAAUACAUGACCAGCAUCACUGCAUCAGAGAGCGAUAUCGAAAGCGAAGUUAG